GGUACCUCAUUCAGACGUUUUCACAGAAGCCAUGACAAACUUACCAUGAAGACACACAGCUGCCACACGGCGACAAAAACUAGCGAAAAAGUCGGGCCUUUCCGUCCAAUUUCUGUAGUGUAAUUGUUGUUAAAAUCGUCUAGAGGUUGAGAUGGCGGUUCCUUCGGUGACGCACUUCAAAGCCAAGCGGACACAAGCGCUUCCCGAUCGUAGCCUCUUCGGCACGACCUUGGAUUACGAUACGAACUUGAAGAAAGCGCCGACGCCGGAGCUAGACAAGAUCGGCGCCGACCUGAUACGACCGAACACGAAGUGGAAGGACCGCAUGCAAGUGACGGUGCCCUUCGCUACGACCGUGAACGACGAGAAAAAUUUGGCCAGUCUGAGUUUAAAGCAGGACAAUGUGAGGCAGCUAGCCGGGGACAUCAGGGGCCUGAGGGAACAGGCGCUUUACUUCCGGCCGGAACAGGUGCUGGAACUGCAGAAUAUCAGGAGGAACUUGACCAAGGCGGCAGUGCGAGAAGAGAGAGAAAAGGAAGAGCAGGCGUCCACCACGUCCACUGGUCGGUACUACGCAGACAUCAAACCCAGCUACCGGGACUUGGAACACAGUCACACUGUCAACAACGUGGGCAUAGGCAACACUGGGCAGUACGACUGGCACAGGCAGGGACCCAAACCCUCCCAAAUCGCCCCCUACAAAGUUAUCGGAGAUGUCUUCCACACUGGGAACUUUACCACAAGUAGACAGGUGGACAGGGGAUAUGACAUGCCUCCACAGCUUAAAGCUGCCAAACUGAGGACUUCAGAAUUGUCCGCAUUUGAAAAGAAGAAACAGAGAGUUGCGGAGGCCCGAGUUCCAGCUAACAUACGGCACACGUACGGUAGUAAGAUCACCAAGGAGGCCAUGCUAGAUGAAGAGCUGAAAGAAAAGGUACUGAGGGAGAGAAGACAGAAGACCCCCAGGCACACUGCCCUCCCUCCCCUGAAAGAUGACAUCACAGACCCUGUGUACACGGACCUCAGUAAUGUCAUCAGGCUGGAUGUCUUGCCAGGUGCCCCAUACCACACCAAGAGUGAGGUUGCCUCCCACUUCACGCUGGAUGUCCACAGGAACGUACAGAGGGACGAGGACUACCUCAAGUACGGACGCAAAACUGACUACCUGGGUAAGUGGAGCGAGUCCAACGUCUACCACCAGGCCAUGAAGAAAGUCUGGGACCGAUACCUCGCCGAGCAGCCCAAGUACCAGGCCAACAGGGAAAUAGUGCCAAGGGAGAAACCCAAGCCCAAGGAGAAACCUCCGCCCAAGCCGAAACCCAAACCCAAGGCUCCUAAAGAACCUCCACCACCUCCCGAAGAACCACCCCCACCCCCUGCUCCACAAGAACCGGAGGAAAACUUCUGGGACUUUUAUGACCAGCCUUUAAACCUAUAGUACA